AUGGGGCUUGAUCGAGGCUGGGGUGCCCCAGGCCCAGCAUGGGAUCCAAAUUUGGGGUUCCUGUCAGGUUUGAUUGUAGUUUGAUCCAGACCCGCCUCGCCCCAUAGUCCCGCCAUUUAAAACGAGAACCCAUCCAUUUCCCUCCUUCUCUUCCCUCUUCCAUCUCGACAAUUCAUCCCCCUGCAAACCCUAAGCUACGAAUCUCUCUUUCUCAUUGGCGCCAUUCUUAUGCGCGUGAGAUAAACUGUUAUUCACUUGUUCUUCCAUUUUUCUGCUUGUUUUUCGUUCACAUUUCCAUGAAAAUUUGAUGAAAUCUGAUCCAUGAUUGUUGGUUGAUCAUUUCCCGUGAGGUGUAGGAUUGACAAGCGGUUACCAAGGGACGCGGUCGAAAUUGUUCGACUAUAAGGGCUGCUCUCUCUCUCUCUCGUUCGACUAACGCCGAGGAGUUUCAUGACAAAAAUGUCUACAAGUUCUAGGGACACCUACAGGAACGAGCUCCGGAUAGCAGUUCGUCAACUGAGAGACCGUUGUCUUUACUCUGCUGCGAAAUGGGCAGCGGAGCAAUUGAUAGGACUGGAACCAGAUAAUGGGAAAUCAACUCCUCUGCAGCACCGUUCUCAUCGUGGGAGUUCGAGCAUGAGGCGUCGCUUCAGAGGCAGUGAUGUUUUCUCAACUCCAUCCACUUCCAUGUCCUAUGUAGGUACACCAGUUCUUGUGGAAGAGGAGAUUGAAAAUGAUUAUUACUUACUGGCAAAAGCUUAUUUUGACUCAAGAGAGUACAGACGAGCUGCACAUGUGCUUAGAGAUCAGACAGGGAAGAAAGCAAUGUUUCUGCGUGGUUAUGCUCUUUAUCUGGCUGGGGAGAAGCGUAAAGAGGAAGAGAUGAUUGAACUUGAAGGCCCUUUUGGCAAAGGUACAACUAUUAAUUGUGAACUAGGUGGCCUUGAGCAGGAGCUGUGUAUGCACCGCAAAAAAGGGUCUAUUGAUCCUUUUGGGCUGUAUUUAUAUGGCGUUGUUCUUCGUGAUAGAGGCUGUGAUGAUCUUGCUCGGGCUGUCCUAGUUGAGUCUGUAAAUGGUUACCCUUGGAAUUGGAAUGCUUGGUCAGAACUUCAGUCACUUUGCACCAGCAUUGAUAUUCUGAAUAAUGUGAAUGUGAACAUAAAGAACCACUGGAUGAAGGAUUUCUUUUUUGCAAGUGCAUACCUUGAGCUCAAGAUAUAUGGUGAAGCUCUAAAGAAAUAUGAACUUCUGCAAGGAAAUUUCUCCCUCAGCGAUUAUGUUCAAGCUCAGAUUGCAACAGCUCAGUAUAGUUUGAGUGAGUUUGAUGAAGCGCAUGCAAUCUUUGAUGAUCUGCUAAAAAAUGAUCCUUAUCGUGUAGAUACAAUGGAUGUAUACUCGAAUGUGCUUUAUGCGAAGGAGUCUUGUUCUGCUCUCAGUUGUCUUGCUCACAGGGUAAUCUCAACUGAUAAAUAUCGUCCGGAAUCAUGCUGCAUAAUUGGCAAUUACUAUAGUCUAAAAGGAUUGCAUGAGAAGGCUGUUAUAUAUUUUCGCAGAGCGCUGAGGCUGAACAGAAAGUACCUGUCAGCUUGGACGCUUAUGGGACAUGAAUAUGUAGAGAUGAAGAAUCCAGCUGCAGCUGUUGAUGCUUACCGGAGGGCUGUUGACAUAAAUGUUCGAGAUUAUCGUGCUUGGUAUGGUUUAGGUCAAACCUAUGAAUUGAUGGCAAUGCCCUUCUAUGCUCUCUACUACUAUAGGAAAUCUGCAUAUCUUCAGCCCACAGAUGCUCGUAUGUGGGUUGCAUUGGCACAGUGCUAUGAAAGUGGACAACUUAAUAUGCUUGAUGAAGCAAUCAAGUGCUAUAAACGGGCAGCAAACUACAAUGAGAGAGAAGGUAUUGCUUUGUCCAAGCUGGCAGAACUCCAUGACAAACUUGGUCGCCGGGAUCAAGCUGCAAUGUAUUACAAACUUGAUUUAGAGCGGAUGGAUGAAGAACAAAGAGAGGGUCCAAAUGUCAUCAGAGCUCUGAGUUUUCUUGCAGAACAUUGCCAAUCUCAAAACAAGCACGAGGAGGCUCAAAUAUACUGUACCAGGCUUCUAGACUACACGGCAACGGAAAAGGAGACCGCAAGGAACAUUAUGGGAAUGAAAACUUCACAGUCUGGUUUUCCUUCAAUGGAAGUCGAUCAAUUCAUGCCUUGAGUGUCUCUGCUUCAGCUUGAAUGAACAUUAUAAUGUGCGGUUUACUUCGAGGAGCAAUGCAUGAUUCUGCCAUUUCGUUAUUGGCUAGAGGUCCGGUAAAGGCAUUCUUUCUCAGGCCGUCGAUUGGACUCAUAAGUUAUGAGAGGAUUAAUUAAAGUGAUGCCUACAUAGGUGCUUGGCCUCCAAAUUAGUCCAUCUUAUAGGGAUUCUUUAGGUCAGGCCCACCUGGUUUUAACGUCAAUCACCAUGGAUUAAAAAAAAAAAAUGUCUACGUGCAAGCUCAGUUCAGCUGUUGCAGUAAUGUCUGUGUAAUAUGUCUUAAACGAACUGCAAAAAUGCCAAAUAGCUAAAUUUUCUGUGAA